UUGAGAAGCGGUUAGAAAAACACAAAGAUCUUCAGCAGCAGCCAGAAGCGGUGAGAUUCAUGUCCAACAACAAGCAGUGGUGAAGAAAAGUGGGAGUGUGAUUGAUUCCAGCAGAAGAGAUCGACGUCUUCAGGACUCUGCGUGUACACGAGCAUUGAAAAAUGGAGAUCCCUGAUCAGGGCACAGAUCAUGUGACCUCACCCUCAAAAGACUGUAAACUAGAGAGAGAGAAAUCACACUCACCAGUGCCCAGCUGUGUCUCCAUGAAGAGUGAUGAGUCUAUGGAUAAACCUUUGGUAUUUAGCACUGGAAUCUCCUCACCUGGACACAGUGAACUACAGAGAGAGAAAACAGAAUUAAUUCAGAAUGAAAAUCAGCAUUUUCCUCAACCUAAACUCCCACUUCCCAAAACCAUUGUUCUACAGAAGGCAGGAGACAGAAGAGAGAAGAACAUCAUCACAGCUACAGGACACGACCCAGAAUCCACUGCUGUAGAUGAAUUCCAGAAGAAGUUCAAGUUCAAUCUAAUAAAGAAGUUUCAGUGUUUGAAUGGAUUGAUGCUAAAGCAGGAGAACCGAACACUCCUGAAUGAGAUCUACACAGAGCUCUACAUCACAGAGGGAGACAGUGGAGACGUCAAUAAAGAACAUGAGCUGAAACAGAUCGAGGCAGCAUCCAGGAGGAACUCAACUGAGGACAAACAAAUUAAAUGCAGUGACAUCUUUAAACCUCUUCCUGAACAAGACAAACACAUCAGGAGGGUUCUUACUAAGGGAGUAGCUGGAAUUGGAAAAACAGUCUCUGUGCAAAAGUUUGUUCUGGACUGGGCUGAAGGGAAAACAAAUCAGGACGUCCACCUCAUAUUCCCACUUCCUUUCAGAGAGCUGAAUUUGAUGAAGGAGCAGAAACUGAGUCUGGUGGAGCUCCUUCAUGUGUUUUUUAAGGAGAUGAAAGAAAUGGACAUUUCCAGGUUGGAGAAGGUUUUGUUCAUUUUUGAUGGUUUGGAUGAGUGUCGUUUUCCUCUGGAUUUCCAGAAGACAGUGAGAGUGUGUGAUGUAACUGAAUCAGCACCAGUGCAUGUGCUGCUGAUAAACCUGAUCAAAGGGAACCUGCUUCCCUCUGCUCUCAUCUGGAUCACCUCCAGACCAGCAGCAGCUGAUCAAAUCCCUGAGUGUGUCCAUCGAGUCACAGAGGUACGAGGGUUCAAUGACCCUCAGAAGGAGGAGUACUUCAGGAAGAGGAUCAGUGAUCAGAACCUGGCCAAUAAGAUCAUCACACACCUGAAGUCAUUAAGAAGCCUCUACAUCAUGUGCCACAUCCCAGUGUUCUGCUGGAUUUCAGCUGCUGUUCUAGAGAGAAUGUUGGGUGAAGCAGAGAGUGGAGAGAUCCCCAAGACUCUGACUCAAAUGUACACACACUUCCUCAUCAUUCAGACCAACAUCAUAAGAGAG